AUGGUGAAACCAGAAUCGUUAGUUAGUAAGUUAUUGAAAGCUAAAUAUUACCCUACUUGUGACUUUAUUGACGCGAGUCUGGGUAGUAAUCCAAGCUUCAUUUGGCGCAGUAUUCUAGCAGGACAACAAGUGCUUUGGCUUGGAGUAGCAAGACGGAUAGGGAAUGGUAUGGAAACAAAAAUUUGGAGCUGGCCGUGGUUGGCAAGUUCUGAAAAACCGAGUCUAGAUACACCUUGUAUGGCGGGGUAUGAAGAAGCAACGGUGAGUAGAUUGCUAACGGCACAGGGCGACUGGGAUGUGGAGCUAAUAAGAGACAUUUUUUAUGAAGGCGAUGCUGUUAGGAUUCUUGCGACGCCAGUUUGUGCACAACUUGGUGAUACGUGGAGAUGGCAAGGCGACCUUCGGGGGUUAUACACAGUUAGACAAGGAUAUCGGCUGCUCACUGAUACGACAGACAGUAACGAUUGCGUGCCGGGCUUCUCGGCUUGGAAAAUUCUGUGGCGCCUACCGGUUCCGCCCAAAGUCGGUAAUUUAUUGUGGAGGUGCGUGCGAGGGGUGUUGCCAGUGAAGGAGAAUCUGAAGAUGAAGCAGAUUUGGAUUGGCGGGGGAUGUGCAAUUUGCGAAGAUUCCGCAGAAACAAUUGAACAUCUUAUGUGCGAAUGCAGGGUGGCAAGAAGGUUAUGGGGUGCAGUAGAUAUUCUACAAGGCCAAUCCAUACCAGUUUUCAUGCAUAACAUAUUGGAAUCCGGAAAUACAGAUCAGGCUAUGCGGCUCGCUGCUAUUUUCUGGGCGGUGUGGACUGCGUGUAAUGAUAAAGUUUGGCGUAAUAUGGCAUGCAAUAUAGAUGCGAUGCAGAUACAGGUAAUGACCCUCCAACAGGUUUGGAAGAACGCUUUCAUGAAAUAUAGACAGGGGGAAUCGACAAGGAUUCCAACAGUAAACUGGAAUGCACCACCUGCUAAUCACGUCAAGUGUAACGUGGACGCGGCAAUUUUCAUGGAUGGAGUGGGUUACGGAGCAGUUCUUCGUGGCUGUGAUGGACGUUUCGUGGCAGCUCGUGCCGGACGAAUCGAAUGUGAUAAGGACCCGCUUAUGGCUGAAGCUAUCGCGGUCAAGGAGGCACUCACAUGGUUAAAGGAUUUAGGACAGAAUAAUUUAAUCAUUGAGUCAGAUUGUUUAAAUUUCUGUACUGCUUUCAAUUCUCGUUUGGUAGAUUUCUCUUAUGUAGGCACGGUUGCUAAGCAGUGUCAUUUGAUUGCUAGGGAUAUUGGGAACGUAUCAGUUCGCCAUAUCAAGAGAUCAGCGAAUCGAGUAGCCCACGUGUUAGCAAGGGCGACUGGUUCAUCGGCUGUCUCAGGCUCGUGGUCGUUAACACCACCUGCUUGUAUUUCCAACGUUUUAAACCAGGAAUGA